CCUCCUCUUUAUAGUGAAGAUUCAAAGGUUUGAGAAAUUGUUUACUGUAAAAAAAAAACAUUCUCACCAAAAACCACAAACAAAAAAUAAACCACAAAAAAAAAAUCAUAACAAAACAAACAACAGCAACAUCAUCAAGACGAUCAUCACCAGUAUCAUCCAACCAUACACCAGCAUUACCAUUCAAUACCAUCCAGAUCGUUGUUCAUAUAAGGGAAGGUUAUUAUAAUAGUGCAUUGGGUUUUGAUUGAUUAAGAUCCAUCUUCAAUUGGGAAAACAUUUAGCCUCACAGAUUUAUAGUGUCCAUUAUAUAAUAGAUUUGAUUCAAAUAUGAGGUCAUUCAAGCCAAAGUCCAUCACUGAUGAGAAUGUAACCAAAAACACCACCACUAGAGUGAAACCAACCACAUCAACAUCAUCUUCAUCAUCUACAUUAUUGAAUCUUAGUGGUCCUGCUCCUAUCAAAUCUAAAUCAAUUGAUCAUCAACGUCCUUCAAGCGGUACUUAUCAACGUGAAGUAUUAGGUGAAUUAAAUCAUAAUACCUUGAACAAUAACAUUAACAAUACAUCUAAGGUUAAACUGGUAACACCUCAAGUUGGUACAAGUUCCACUGCAUCAAGAAUUCAAAUAUAUAAACAAUAUCAUCAACAAUUCAAAAAACCAAGAUUAGAAAAGAUCAGAAAGAAUCAACAACUGCAAACACAACCAUCAAAUAUUGAUCUUGAUGCUGAUGUGACGGAUUAUGAUGAAAAUGAAGAAGAAGAGGAUAACGAAGAUGCAGAUAAAGAAAAUAAAUAUUUCAUUGAAGAAGAGGAUGAUGAUGAAGAAUUGGAUUUAUUAUUAAUAAAUGAAAAUGAAGGUAAAGAAACUUCUACAGCUGGACACAAACAUGACAUACCUCAUCAAAUAGAGCAUCCUUCUUCAUUGGUUGAACAUUCAGAUGAUAUUCCUCAUCAUUUUGAUAAAUUAAAUGAAGAAGAUGAAAUAGUGGAUCUUCUGCAAGAUGAUGACGAAGAUGAUGUUGAAGAAGAAGAAGAAAGACAACAACAACAACAACAAAUACGUAAUACACAUAUCCCAAUGGAACCAAUAUGGAAUGCCCGUAUUUCACAAGAAUUACAUACUAUAAUGAGAAAAUUUGCUCAUACCGUAUUGGAUGAAAAUGAUGAAGAUACUUUUGAUGUUACUAUGGUAGCUGAAUAUUCUCCUGAAAUAUUUAAUUAUUUAAGAGAAUUGGAGAAUAAGUUAUCUCCAGAUCCAAUGUAUAUGGAAAAUCAAGAUGAAUUAAAAUGGGAAAUGAGAAGUGUUUUAAUUGAUUGGGUGGUUCAAGUUCAUAAUAGAUUUAAUUUAUUACCAGAGACGUUAUAUUUAACUGUUAAUUAUAUUGAUAGAUUUUUAUCUAAACGAAAAGUUUCAUUAUCAAGAUUUCAAUUGGUUGGAGCUGUUGCAUUAUUUAUAGCUGCUAAAUAUGAAGAAAUCAAUUGUCCAACUGUUCAAGAAGUGGCAUAUAUGGCUGAUAAUGCUUAUUCCAUAGAAGAUUUCUUAAAAGCAGAAAGAUUCAUGAUUGAUGUAUUAGAAUUUGAUAUGGGAUGGCCUGGUCCAAUGUCAUUUUUAAGAAGAACUUCCAAAGCUGAUGAUUAUGAUUAUGAAACUAGAACUUUAGCCAAAUAUUUCUUAGAAAUUACCAUCAUGGAUUCCAAAUUCGUUGCAUCACCACCAUCUUGGUUAGCUGCUGGAUCUCAUUAUUUAUCAAGAAAACUCUUGAAUAGAGGUGAUUGGACUGAAGCACAUAUAUUCUAUAGUGGAUAUACUGAAAUACAGUUAAAACCAUUAGCUGAAAUAUUAUUAGAAAGUUGUCGAGAUGCUGAAACUCAUCAUAAGGCAAUUUUUGAAAAAUAUCAAGAAAGAAGGUAUAGAAGAAGUUCAACCUUUGUUCAAGAAUAUUUUACAUCCUUACAAGAAGAUUAACUUCUUUUAAAAAUUUAUUCCUAGCAUAAAUAGGUCACUGCAUAUCAUAUCAUAUCAUAUCAUUUAUUUGUACAUUACUAUCAUAAACUUUGAAAUGGGAAUAAAAAAAGUAUUAGAUUGAAUAUUACAACAAUCCAUCAUGUUUGUAUAUUUAUCACUUUCAUUCUUAACAUUGUUAUUUUCCAUUUUUCAAAGUUUCAAAAUUCAUAUUCCGUUUCAUUUUUUAAUAUUAUUUUAUUUUAGUUUAAGUUUAAUUUCCAGUUUAAUUUUCAUUUUGAUUGUCAUUCUGACCUUUAUUAUGAUACAGUCAUAUUAUUAAAUUAUAUUGAUUAUCAUUUAAAACCAUCAUCGUAUUGCAUUCAGUUUUUUCA